UCGCCGUCGUCGAUCUUUCCUCUGUCCUUUUGUUUUGUUAGUCUGUAUCUGUUCUCGUCGCUGCCCGAUGUUAUAAAAGGAGGACCUGUGCGCAACACUUGGAGCAAAUAUUAACCGAGAACGAUGCCUCCAUCACUGGCCCAGUGGCUCUGCCUCGUGGCCGUGAUCUGGCUCCAGACCAUCGCUGGGACGAACACCAACUUCCCGGCAUACUCCUCGCAGCUCAAGCAAGUCCUCUCCAUCUCCCAGGUCCAGCUCAACAACCUCGCCUUCGCCUCCGACGCGGGCAAGCUGUUGGGGUGGUUCUCGGGGAUCGCUGCGGUGUACCUCCCGCUCUGGCUCGUCCUCCUGGUGGGCGCGUUGCUUGGGCUUGUCGGGAACGGCAUCCAGUAACUCUUCGUGGCUGGCAAGGUCACCUCGGUCUCGUACCCCGGGAUGUUUCUCCUCGCCGUCCUCGCCGGGAACAGCAUCUGCUGGAUCAACACGGUGUGCUACGUGGUCGCGAUCGACAACUUCCCGCUCCACCGCCAUCUCGCCGUCGGGCUCACCAC